AUUCUAUAUGUUAUAAAUAAAAUAAUCCAAAUUUUUUAUCAUUUUUAUUCAGGAAGUGAGCUCAUAUGUGUACUACGUCAUCAAUCUGUGUGUUGAUUGGACGAAGGAGAAAUGCAUGUAAAUUUGGUUUGGUGACGGGAUUGCAAAAUGGUACGAUUAUCUCUACGAGCGCUUUGCAGUUCAAAGGGCUUUAAAUACUGGGAUCGCUGGGUAGACAGAGAGACUUUCUCCAAACAAAGAUACAGAAAGUGGUGUGGUCCUUUAGUAGGCUGGAAGGAAAUUGAUAGACAUUGGUGGAGUUAUAAUGAACAUAGACCUUGGACUGCAGAAUUUCAAGAACAUAAUCGAGCAGGAAAGAAUAACAAGCGUUACUUUGUGGAGCCAAUCAAAGACUGGAGUAUAUUCAAAGGAGAUCGGGUUCAGGUUUUGGUUGGUAAGGAUGCAGGAAAGCAGGGGAUCAUCAACUACAUUGUGAAAGAACGUAACUGGUGCUUUG